AUGGAAAUCUUUAAGAAGUUAGAAAUCAACAUACCUUUCUCUGAAGCAUUACAACAAAUGCCUUCAUAUGAAAAGUUUUUAAAGGAGCUCCUCACGAAGAAAAGAAAAUACAUUGAAAAGGAGAUCAUUGAAGUGCAAGGAAACUGCAGUGCAAUCAUACAUAAAUUAUUACCUCCUAAGUUUAAAGAUCCAGGAAGCUUCACCAUUCCUUGUACCAUAGGAGAGUUAGUAGUUGGAAGAGCAUUAAUUGAUUUGGGAGCUAGCAUUAACUUAAUGCCUUUCUCUAUGUUUAAGAAGAUUGAGGGUGUGGAACUCAAGCCUACUAGAAUGACACUCCAAUUGGUGGACAUGUAUCUUAAAUACCCUAAUGGGGUGGUUGAAGAUGUGCUUGUGAAAGAGGAAAAAAUUUUAUUUCUGGUGGAUUUUUUUACAAUGAAGAUGGAGGAGGAUGGAGAUGUGCCUCUCAUUCUUGGAGACCGUUUAUGA